AUGAGACCUCUAUCAGCCUGCAAGGCCUGUCGGGGCCGCCAGAAGAAGUGCAUUAGGCCGCGCCGUGGGACAACGUGCGUCUUCUGCACCAAACGAGGUCUCGAGUGUGAUGUUGCGCCAGACCAGAAGCCCAUUUUGCCACAAGGCUAUGCUCCUCUGGCUGAUCCGAAAGGAAUGGCGCUUCAUGCUUCGUCUGCGGCAAUCCCUGAUCGCGCCUUGUCGAGAGAGCUGAUCGACCUCUUUUUUAUCCAUGUCCACUUUGCCUUUCCGAACAUGUUCCACAUGCCCUCAUUCAAGGCGGCAUUUCAGAACGGCACUAUCCCCAGAGUCUUGUUCUUUGCCGUCAUAGGUCUCUCGGCUCGGUUCUCUGGUCACCAGAGCCUCAGCCAUCUCAACCCUUGGCACAGAGGCCGCCCGUACGCCCAAGAAGCAGAGAAGUUACUUGACUUGCACGACACCUCGAUAGUUACGAUUCAAGCUUGCAUGCUCCUGGCUGCAAACUUCAUUGCGGAUGGUGAGGCAAUGACUGAAUGUGUCUAUCUCACCAUUGCUUGCCGUAUUGCUAUGUUGAUAGAUCUUCCCAACCUGAAGGUCAACAGUCGUAUCGAGCAAGAAGUCAAUCGUCGAGUAUGGUGGUCACUGGUUACGACUGAUACUUGGAACAGCUCGUCUGUCUCGCUUCCGCGCGCCAUCCAGAUUCGCCAUGAUGUCCCUUUGCCAAUAAGCGAACAUGACUUCCUAAACCUUGACGUUAGCGAACCAGCUGAGCAUAUUGCAUCGCCAAUAACCCCCUUCUCUCCAGCCUCAUGGCCUUCCCCCUCGUUGCUGGCCCGAUUCAUCAGCCUCAACACCCUUCUUUAUGAAGUGAAUCGGCUGAAUGCCAAAAUCGCUGCCGAAAAAGUAGCUGAAGGUCAAGCUCAUGAAGCUAUUGAGGAACUCGCUGCGACUUUAGAUGCAUGGCUGACCGACUUGCCUCCUCAGUUGAGAUACACAGAAGAAAAUAUGGCUUUCUGGGGCAGCCAAGGCUCUGGGCCUACUUUUGUCAAUAUGCAUAUGAACUACCAUCAUAUUGGGCAGCUUCUCUUCUACUCCUCCCUUGGGGCGAGUCUAGAGAUUGAUAGCGGUAGUCCUGUUUACGAGCAGACCAUCGGUUUGGCUACAAGGUGUAAACAACACGCGGCCGACCUCUGCGACCUCAUCUGGACAGCAAAGCAGCGGCCAGAGACGGACAUUAUGCAUUCACUUGUCGGCCAUGACCUCGUCACAUCGUCAACAGUACAGAUACACGCACUACUAUUCAGCCCUAACGACGAAGAAAUUGCGACGGCUAGGUCUAGGCUGGAGCGGAACUUUGAGAUGAUUACUGAUUUGCACAAGUACUGGCCCAUCGUCUCGGUGACGAUCAGUAAGCUGCAGAAGUUUCACAAUGCUUGCCUCAGAUACAAGGACGCGACCUUUCAUCUCGAUCGAUGGAUGUUGCAGUUCAUACUUGAGUUUUCACAACCAAUCCAGGAGAGGAGCGAGGAGAUGUUGCAUCGUGGAGACAAUGAAGAGGUCUUUGAUCAACUCAGAAACCUCAUUGAUGCAUAA